AUGAGCGACGACGAGGCUGCCCCCAGCAGCGCCGACAUCCUCAAGCUGCUGGACACGCUCCAGGUGGCUGUUGAGGCCACUGCGUCCAGCGCCGCGCCCCUCCUCGCCAAGGCCAAGGCUGGUGACGAGAGCCUCGACCUGUCUGGCGGCCUCUCCCUCCUCCUGGUGCGCCCACACAUGCUGCUCGCGAGCUUGCACCACCUGGUCCAGCUUGUGGGUCUGCGCCUGAGCUCGUGCGCCGAGCACACCCCGGACGCGGCCCCCUCUGCGGCCCUCACCCACCCUUUUGCUACUGGCCGCUCCGCUCGCCCCAAGCCGUCCUCGGCUGCCGCGUGGGAGAACGAGCUCGCCGGUGAGCUCCAGCUGUGCCACGACGUCAUGGACAAGGUCCGCGGCAUGGAGACCAAGCUCGACUACCAGGUCAAGAAGCUCGUCGGCCUCGCCGAGGCUGCUGGCAAGGCCAAGGCCGCCGCCGCCGACCUUGAGGAGGACCCCCUUUCCUUCCGCCCCAACGCCAGCGCCAUGGUCGACGCUGCGCGCGCCGAUGCCACCCAGUCGUCCAAGGAGGACGGCAAGGAGAAGAGCGGCGUCUACCGCCCGCCCCGUGUCGCUGCCAUGCGCUACGACGAGCCCGACACCGCCACCCAGAAGCGCAAGGACCGCCGUGCGCCCGCCCUUCUCUCCGAGUUUGCCCAGGGUCUCGACGGCGCUCCCGGUCUCCAGACGACGUCGGGUCUGUCGACGCGCCCCGUCGUCUUGGGCGCGCACACCAACAGCGUGUCGGCCAAGCGCGCUGCCGAGCUCAAGCGCAUUGCCGAGUUCGAAGAGGACAACAUGACGCGUCUCGUCACCACCAAGCGCGAGAUGAAGCGCCGUCGCGACGACGAAGAGGCCCUCGCCUUGGGCUUUGGUGUCGGCGGCCGCGGCCGUACGCGCCGCCAGAACGGCCUCGAGGCCGAGCUGGAAGGUGUCCUCGGCGAGCGCGGGUCCCGCGGACUGUGGGACGGCGUCAACUCCAAGCUCGCCAAGCGCGACGACAUUACCGACCGCGGCAAGCGCGCGACGGUGGACGCGGGCGAGCGCAAGGCCGGCCCCAAAAAGGCCCGCUUCGAAAAGGACAUUGCAAAGAAGCGCCGUGCGAUCGGUCUCCCUGCAAAGUCCAAGUAG